CCGCCGCGCCCGGCGCUGGGCGGUCAUUGGGCGGUGUGAUCUCGCCGCGGUUCCGCGGCCCUGCCGCCGCCGCCGCCGCCAGCAGAGCGCACCGGGCCGAUCGGGCGAGUGGCCAUGGCGGGCGCCGAGGACGGGCCGGGCCAGCAGCUGGAGCUGGACGAGGACGAGGCGUCUUGUUGCCGCUGGGGCGCGCAGCACGCCGGGGCCCGCGAGCUGGCUGCGCUCUACUCGCCAGGCAAGCGCCUCCAGGAGUGGUGCUCUGUGAUCCUGUGCUUCAGCCUCAUCGCCCACAACCUGGUCCACCUCCUGCUGCUGGCCCGCUGGGAGGACACGCCCCUCGUCAUACUCGGUGUUGGAACUUGCAGGUGCCUGCGUGAAGCUGUGCUGCCCCCACCCCCACCACCCCUCCCGUGCUUGGCACCUGUGAUGGAUACCACAGGGCCUCUGGAAAGUCUGCAUCCAGUGGCUGCCCCUCACCCUGGGCCUGGACGUCAGGAUUGCACAUUCACAGUGACUUGCGUGCUUACUUUUUUCCCUUCAACCACAAGUCUCACUCACCCAGGAGGCAUCCAGGGGCUUUUCUGCAGUCUCCACAGUACCCCCUGUCACCAAGGGGUUGAGGGCACCAGCAGAACUCAGAAUCUCGGACAACCAGUUGACACAGCAAACCAAGUCUGGGAAGGGGUUUGUCUGAAGCCCCAUGAGCCAGGGGGCCGCACGUGUCAUCACUCACAGCUGCCUUUGUCCUCUGCUGGAUUUUACAGCGUUCCCCCAUAGACAUGUGUUCAGUGUCUGACAUGUUUCUGUCCCUAGAGCUUAUCACACAGGAGGCCUUUGUGGAGUGUGGCUUAGUUGAUUGACUCAAUGACAGCAACAGUAAUAUGGCCUGAGGGCUUACUAUGUGCCAAGCACUGCACUUAGUAGUGCUCUACUGAGUUCUGAAUAGGUGCCAAGAGCUGGGAUGCAGCCACAAACGAGACUAAAGCCCUGGCCAUGGUGGAGCCAACCUCCUUGUUGGGGGAGAAAAUAAACCAGCAAAAGAGCAGUCAGAGGUGCUGAGUGCUUGGAGAACAAUAUACAUAGGAGAUCGGAAAUGCUGGAAGAUGAGGUGGUUGCAAUUUUCCAUCAGGUGUCCAGGGAGGACAUUUGAGUAAACAUCUGAAGAGGUGAGGGAGUGAGCUGUGUUGCAUCUUAGGAAAGAAUGUUCUAGGCAGAGGGAACAGCAAAUGCAAAGACCCAGAGGCAUGCAAGGGAAAGGAGAUAAAGUAGGCCUGGGCUGCAGCUAAAGAGGAGAGUGACGGGAGGCAGUAGGGGUGGAAGCCUCAGUUUCCACCUCUAUAAAGUGGGAAUAAAAAAGCUACCAACUUACAACAAAUGGUGAGAAUUCAUCAAGAUCUAGCCUGUAAAGCACUUGUGCUUGGCAUUGAGAAAGUGCUCAUAAAGGUUAGCAUCAUUCCCUUUUAUUGAUUUAUUUUUUCAAGACAGAGUCUCACUCUGUUGGCCAGGCAGGAGUGCAGUGCAUGAUCUCGACUCACUGCAACCACCAUCUCCCGGGCUCAAGCAAUUCUCCUGCUUCAGCCUCCCGAGUAGCUGGGAUUAUAGGUGUGUGCCACCACACCCGGCUAAUUUUUGUAUUUUUAGUAGAGAUGGGGUUUCACCAUGUUGGCCAGGCUAGUCUCGAACUCCUGACCUCAGGUGAUCCGCCCGCCUCGGCCUCCCAAAGUGCUGGGAUUACAGGUGUGAGCCACGGCGCCCAGUCACAUCAUUCCCAUUUUACAAGAGGAAACUGGGCACAGAGAGGCUAAAUAACAUGUGCAGCGUCACAGCUAGUGAGUGCCGGCACUGGAAUUUGAGUCCAAAUCUACUGAACCCUCAAGUGAGUGAAUGGUGUUGGCGUCUCUGAGGGAACCCUACUCAAGUUCCGAGCAGAUUGAGAACAGAAACAAGGAAAAGGCUGCUGGAGACCAAAUGAUCAUGUUUAUUGCUGAUAAAUGCUGGAGGGGUGGGGGUGGAGCAGCGAGGCUUCUAUCUGCAGGUAAGGUACUUUCUUUGUUUUUUGAGACGGAGUCUCACUCUGUCGCCCAGGCUGGAGUGCAGUGGUGCGAUCUCAGCUCACUGCAACCUCCGCCUCCCGAGUUCAAGUGAUUCUCCUGCCUCAGCCUCCCGAGUAGUUGAGACUACAGGCGCAUGCCACCACACCUGGCUAAUUUUUGUGAUUUUAGUAGAGACAGGGUUUCACCAUAUUGGUCAGGCUAUUCUCGAACUCCUGACCUCAAGUGAUCCGCCUGCCUCAGCCUCCCAAAGUGCUGGGAUUACAAAGCAUGAGCCACCGCACCUGGCCAAGGUACUUUCUUUCUAACACCAAACCCAGGAGGACAUUGCUGCAGUUCCAGGCAGCACUGGUGCAGAGCAGGCUUUCCUUAUAUGGGGCAGAGAGAAGGGCACAGCCUGCUCCUAAUAGGCAAAGGUUGAGCUGAUCUGAGCAUGCCCAGUUUAUGCUCUCCAGACUCUCCAAGCACAUGAGUCUUGGCAUCUCCCCGAGCACAGCAAGUAACAGGCAGGAGGAGUGUUAAGCCUGAGGCUCCAUC